UUGAGCGAGAGGCUGGAGCAUUAGAGCCGUUGUCAAACGGAGACGGGAACAGCUGUCAAGUGUAACUGGGCGUGUACGAUAGGUGUAGCAGUGGGUCCAGACUGACAGCUCUAUCUUUUACACUUUUCAUUUUUUUCUUUCUCUCUCUCUUCCUUGUCUGGCUUAAGGCGGAUCAAUGGCCCAUCAAACAACGCACUUGUUGACACUUCAUCUUGUCUAGUGAUCGCCGAAGAAGUUAGCCUUCGCGGUAGUAGCCCCACAGCAACGCUUAACAGUUUAGUCCCUAAAAUAAAAGAGUACACAGUCACUCUGAGAACUGAAUUAUUUUGAUAUACAAAAGCCAACACUUUUAAAUCCGGACUGGAUAUUUAUUUGAUAAGUACUCUGAUUCUAUUGCAGUUUAUGCGGAAGUGGAGGAAGAUUCGGCUGUGACCUUUCUUUUCGAGGUUCCUAAACUCACCUGUCAAUUCAGCUGUGGUGGACCUGAACCUUCGUGACCAUGGCGUUAAACAUGCGCUACCUUAUUUCUAAUGUUUUAAAGAUCAUACUAAUUGUGUGUGCAUCUGUAUGUGCCUGGUACUUGGGAUCAAUGUUUGCCGAUGCAGUUCCUGAAGAUUCACUGACUGCCGCCAUCGAUAACAUUCAGAGGAUAGGAGAAAAACCUAUCGUCAGAGCUCCCCCUCCUAAACGACAGAAAUGUGAUCACUGGUCACCAUGCCCUGCCAAUCAUUAUGCAUUUCGAAUUCUCAGUGGGGCUGCAAAAGAACGAGGACCUAAGAUUUGCUUUGAGGAUGAAAUGAUCAUGAGUGACAGUCAGAACAAUGUUGGAAGAGGGCUGAAUGUUGCAGUUGUUGAUGCUAAGACAGGAAAGGUGCAUGGUACAAAAUCGUUUGACCUUUGGGGAGGGGAUAACUCUCCACCAAUGAUUGAGUUCCUUAAUGGUGCACCGAGUGGGUCAUAUAUCCUGAUAGCAUCACAUGAUGAUGCAAGCACCAGGCUUACAGAUGAUGCAAAGAUUUUAAUCGAAAAACAUGGCAGCAAAGAUAUUCGAAAACUAAACUUCCGAGCAAGCUGGGUUUUUGUGAGUUCCAAGGAUAUUUCUUUACCUCCUGAUAUGAAACGAGAAAAACUCAUGCCUUCAGAUGCAACAAAUCGAUAUGGUGCCUGGCCAGCAGAGGUGCAAAUUGAAGGCUGUCUUCCACGGCCAAACUGAUCAUUGAUAACAUUUUGUUUUUUGUGGUGCGUGGUUAUGAUUGGGAAUGUAAAAAAAAAAAAGCAUACAUAUGUUCAUGAAAGAAUAACAUAUAAUUUUGUACUACAUGAUUUGCAGUUUUAUUAAAUGAUUCCUAUUCUGGCCAGUAA